AUGGCCCAACCACUCGACGAUCCACAUAUGAGUCCUCGUUACCCACCCUGCGGAAUGUUGCCACUCCCCCUGCAGUCCCCCUUUGGGUUAGCUUCAGCACUGGCUCCUCCCUCCCGUCUUCCCCACCUUCCACCACCACCCCCUCCUGCACCGGGGGCUUGCGCUCCCCAUCCGAUGCUUAUGCUGCAAUGGAUGCGGUCCAUUUUGGGGGCAGCAGCAACUCAGGGAGGCCCUGGGGGACUAUCACCGACUUCUAAUACGCCUCCCGCAAGUAGUGGGGGUAGUGAAGGGGUAUUUAACACUACACCUGCCGCAUCGGAGGCUUUGCAUUUGGCGGGAUUGUUAAGCGGCGGAGUGAAGUGUGGCGCUUCGCCACUGGGGGUGGUGUCACCACAUCCAAAUCAUCCUGUGCCACCACCACCACCACCAACGCAACCGACAACUAUACAAGCGCCAUCACAGAUGAAUCCCUACUCCCAUGGGCAGAUGAAUUGGCAAAAUGAUAGUCAGGAUGAAUCUGAGCAGCUGAGACGAUUUCGACAGGCGCUCUGCACUGGAAAUCUCGACCCACAAACAAUGAAGAUCUAUCAGAAUUUUAGAUAUUCCUUGAAAAUGAGGGUUCACGGAACCCCACGUCGCAAAAAUACAACACGUGAAACUACGGGUCUUCUGAAAGCUUGGCUUAAUGAGCAUAGAAAGAACCCCUACCCAAACAAGAGUGAGAAGAUAAUGCUGGCUGUUAUCACGAAGAUGAGCUUGACACAAGUUUCUACAUGGUUUGCGAAUGCUCGACGAAGGCUGAAGAAGGAGAACAAGGCAAGUUGGAGCUUGGCUUCAUCUCUGGAUCAACAUUUUCCCGAUUUGGAAGAUGAAGGACUUUCUGCCACCACGGGAGAUAUGUACCCCACGGAUCAAGUUCCAACUCCUUCUGGUCAACGUGAUAUUUCACCUUCGCAUUCACAGUCUUUUGAGAAAAAUGAAGUGGAUUUUGAGCAAAAUAUAACCGAAGAUGCAUUAAUGUCGGCCGCUAAAUCUGUCGAAUCUGGAAGGAAUAGAAAAAUCUGGUCUGUUGUUGAGAUGACGGAAGAGCGAUAA